AUGGCAGAAAGAUUUAAGAGUGUAAUACCUAAGUUGAUCUCAGAACAUCAAGGGGCUUUUGUAAGAGGAAAACAACUUCGUGACGGAGUGUUAAUUGCAGGUGAAUUGAUUGAUGCAAGACCUAAAGAAGGCACCCCGGGAGUACUUUGCAAGUUAGACAUAGAGAAGGCAUUUGAAAAUGUCAACUGGUUCUGUGUUGACAUCAUCCUAAAGAAUGCAGGGUUCGGAGAAAAAUGGAGGAACUUGAUUCAAUGGACACUCUCAUCUGCACAAUCCUCAGUCUUAGUAAAUGGUACAGCCACAAAAAAAUUUAAGCACUUCAAAGGGCUAAGACAGGGAGACUCAUUCUCCCCUUUCAUAUUUAUUCUAGUGGCUGGGAUUCUUACAAAUCUAUUAAAGAAAGAUGAGGAUCUAGAAAUGAUCAGGGGGUUUCAAUUAGGGUCAAACAUUAUGGUCUCACACUUGCAGUUUGCUGAUGAUACCCUAAUUUUCUUGGAUGCAAAUAGAAAAGAGAAUGAUAAAGAUCAUGAGGGACUUCUUAUGGGGUUCAACUACAGAAAAAAGAAAAUACGUUGGGUGGCUUGGGAUAAACUUUACAAAUCUAAAGAGGCAUGGGGAUUAGCAUUACGGGGUUUAAGAAGCACAAAUAAAGCCUUACUUGCCAGGUGGAGCUGGAGAUAUGCAAUGGAAAAGAAGGCAUUAUGGAGAAAGGUGGUACAAUUUAGAACAAAGUCAGAUGAAAAUGCAUUAUAUCCCAAGGAAUACAAGCUUGCUCAUGGGAGAAGAUAUUGGAAGGGGAUACAAAAGAGAAAUGGAUUCUCGAAAGAAAUUCCAACAUCAAAAUGGAAAAUUUCUUUGAAAAGAUUUUCCUCAGCUGAAGACACUGCAGAGAUUAAUAAUUUAUUAGCUUUUCUGGGUCCCUCUCCAACUUUGACUACUGAUGAAGAAGAUACAAUCAUAUGCUCUACUGCUUCACAGUUCACCGUCAAAGAAAUCUAUCACUGGUUACUAUCUCAACAACCAUCUUCGUCUCUAGCACAGUUUCCACACAAGCUUAUUUGGGUGAAGAUGGUUCCCCCAAAGGUGCAGGUGUUUCUAUGGUGUAUAUGGCAUAACUUCAUCCCAACGGUGGACAAUCUCAACAGAAGAGGAUGUGAAAUAGAAAACACCAACUGCAGUCUAUGCUCAUUACAGCAAGAGACAAUUGAUCACCUAUUGUUAGGUUGUAGAUUUACAAUUUAUAUCUGGGAUUACUUCAUAGUUCGAUUUGGGGUUUCAUGGAACUACAAAAACACAGUAAAGGACCAUAUUCAAGAAUGGGCAACAAAUAAGGGAAGAAAAGAGGAAAGAAAAUAUGGCCUCUCCUCCCAGCAGCAAUCCUGUGGGUUAUUUGGUUAG